GUAAAAUUAAUCUCCUCUCUGGGGAGUAAGGGACAAACAGUGCUACCCACAGAGUGAACAAGAGAGAGUCAUUUGGGAAACAAAAGGAGGACUUUACAGAGAGAGAGGGAUAGCUAAAACUACGUGAGCCUGCCGAGGGUGCAGAGCAGAAAGUAGAGACAGAGAAGUGUCUGAAGACUGCUAUCUGGGACGAGACAAGUUGUUAAAGGGACAGGAGAGAUAGCAGAGCUAUUUCAAGAGUGAGCCACAGAAGGGAAUCCACAGGCCGUCUGAGUGAGGAAGGGUCUACAGACAGUGAGUGAAGGCCAGGAGCAGGACCCAAGCCAGGGUAGGCACAACCACCGAGGGGAUGAACUUCACCGUGGGUUUCAAGCCGCUGCUAGGGGAUGCACACAGCAUGGACAACCUGGAGAAGCAGCUCAUCUGCCCCAUCUGCCUGGAGAUGUUCUCCAAACCAGUGGUGAUCCUGCCUUGCCAACACAACCUGUGCCGCAAGUGUGCCAACGACGUCUUCCAGGCCUCGAAUCCUCUGUGGCAGUCCCGGGGCUCCACCACUGUGUCUUCAGGAGGCCGUUUCCGCUGCCCAUCUUGCAGGCAUGAGGUUGUCCUGGACAGACACGGUGUCUACGGCCUGCAGCGAAACCUGCUAGUGGAGAACAUUAUUGACAUUUACAAGCAGGAGUCGUCCAGGCCGCUGCACUCCAAGGCUGAGCAGCACCUCAUGUGCGAGGAGCAUGAAGAGGAGAAGAUCAAUAUCUACUGCCUGAGCUGUGAGGUGCCCACCUGCUCUCUCUGCAAGGUCUUCGGUGCCCACAAGGACUGUGAGGUGGCCCCACUGCCCACCAUUUACAAACGCCAGAAGAGUGAGCUCAGCGAUGGCAUCGCGAUGCUAGUGGCAGGCAAUGACCGUGUGCAAGCAGUCAUCACACAGAUGGAGGAGGUGUGCCAGACUAUCGAGGACAAUAGCCGGAAGCAGAAGCAGUUGUUAAACCAGAGGUUUGAGAGCUUGUGCGCAGUGCUGGAGGAGCGCAAGGGCGAGCUGCUGCAGGCGCUGGCCCGGGAGCAAGAGGAGAAGCUGCAGCGCGUCCGCGGCCUCAUCCGUCAGUAUGGCGACCACCUGGAGGCCUCCUCUAAGCUGGUGGAGUCCGCCAUUCAGUCCAUGGAAGAGCCACAGAUGGCGCUCUACCUCCAGCAGGCCAAGGAGCUGAUCAAUAAGGUCGGGGCCAUGUCGAAGGUGGAGCUGGCAGGGCGGCCGGAGCCAGGCUAUGAGAGCAUGGAGCAAUUCACUGUGAGCGUGGAACACGUGGCCGAAAUGCUGCGGACCAUCGACUUCCAGCCGGGCGCUUCCGGGGAGGAAGAAGAUGAGGAGGUGGCCCUGGACGGAGACGAGGGCACCGCGGGGCCGGAGGAAGAGCGGCCGGAUGGGCCUUAAGGCCUGCGCCAACCCGACCCUGCUCGAGCGCCCGCGCUAGGGUCGGGGAGGAUCUGCGCAGAGACCGCGGCGUCGCCCAAAUCGGCGCCCGCCCCGGGAGGAUCUCAAUAAAGAACUCGAGCGUCCCCGACCCGUAUCUCCUUUCGCUGCCCAAUGCCGCAGCCUCGGCUUCGGAGGCGACCCGCCCACCAUCCUGCCCUUCCCAGAACCUGAGACUAUCCGGGGGGCGGAAGCCAAAUGAACCCCUAUUGGGCUGUGAUGCCAGGAGCGAAAUGGUGAGCCCAGCGCCCUGGGAAAAGGGUCGAGGGCGGGGCGGUGGUGCUGGGACCUCUGAGGUCCUAGGGAUUUGGGGACCCCUGGGGUUCAAAGGCACCUGGCUGACCUGGCUGAAAGCUGCUCUCCCAGAGCCCCCCACAGCAUUUUGUUCCCCUCCCGCUGGCCCGGGGGCCCCACCUUCCCACGGGUUCCCACGCUGCUGUGACUGCCCUGCCCCCACGACAGAAGCCAACGGGUCUUCAGUACUUUUAUUAAAAAAUAGUCAAGCAGA